CUUCUGCAUUAGAUUACUGCUGCCUUUCUGGCUCCCACAUGCACCGAAAAUAUGGCGGCGCCCACGGUCGAAACGCAAGUCGUACCAGCUAAAAAACCAACCGUACGAGGACCACGGCGGGUGGCCAAUCAAAUUCCUGAUGAAAUCCUGCAAGACCCAGAGUUACAGGAGGCUAUCCGCGCUUUGCCUUCAAAUUACAACUUUGAGAUCCACAAGACAGUCUGGCGGGUGAGACAGGCCACGUCUAAGAGAGUGGCCCUGCAGCUACCGGAGGGACUGCAGAUGUUUGCCUGUGUCAUCGCUGACAUCAUCGAGAGGUAG